GCCACUGAGGGCAGUUACUCAGGACAAUGCAAACACUCUGUUGCACUCUUCUUCAUAAAAAAAAAGUGCUACAGCAGUUCCAAAUAAGAAGCACGUGACAGGAUGUUUUGUGUUUUGUGUUAUGAGGACACUCCUCUUUAGCUCAGUUCACCAAGACCAAUGAGAGUUCGAGCCACAGGCAGAAUUUGACUCUGGAAUUUGCUUUUUUUGAUCAUCAAGAUGAUGAAAGUAACUACUGCUGUGCUUUUACUUCAGAUUUUGCACUGCUUUGCUCAGUCAGAUGGAACCUCUUUUAUGAUCUACAAUGCACGUAAGAACAGAUGUCUGGGAGACAGCCUGCGAGAGCUGUUUCCAUGCAACCCCCAGAGCCCGAGACAGCAGUUCCGCUGGACUUCAGAGAACCGCAUCUUUAAUGUUGAGCAGAAGAAAUGCCUCGGCACGGGCAGCAAGAGUGAGGGCAGUAAACUGCAGUGGUACAUCUGUGAUGCCAACAAUGACCUCCAGAAGUGGGAGUGCCAGAAUGACACACUGUUCGGCCUGAAGAAUGAGUCUCUUUACAUAUCUGUUCAGGGAGAUUCCAAUCUACUAACACUCUCCAAAGACCCGGCAGACAAGGGCAGGUGGACGAUUCAUGGAACGACGGACAACGUUUGCUCUCGGCCAUACGAAGAAAUAUACACGAUUAAAGGAAAUGCUUUUGGACGGCCGUGUCAUUUCCCAUUCCAUUUCAAAGAUAAAUGGUACACAGAGUGCACAACAGAAGGCCGCUCAUCCAAUCAUCUGUGGUGUGCAAUUGAGAGUGAAUAUAAACCUAAUCAACUCUGGGGUUAUUGCCCAAAUCAGGAAAUGGUUCAACAGUUCUGGAGGAAGAGUCCUCUGACAGACAUCUAUUACCAGCUGAAUGAAGAGUCUGCACUGACCUGGUAUCAGGCCAGGAAGAGCUGUCAGCAGCAGGGGGGAGACCUGCUGAGCAUCACUGAACCCCAUGAACAGACCUUCAUAUCAGGUCCAGUCUUGUGGACAGGGCUGAACAGUUUAGAUGCCUCAAGUGGAUGGCGCUGGGUCAGUGGACAACCUUUACGUUAUCUGAAAUGGCUGAGUGGUCAACCGUCUGCUGCCCCAGGCCACAGCUGUGGGGUGAUAAGUCAGCUUUAUGGUUCUGAAUGGUCCACUGCUGUUUGUUCUGAAAGACAUGGAUAUAUCUGCCAAAGAGGUCUCUCUAUUCCAACUGUUCCACCAGUUGUGCACACAGGUUCUUGUCACAGUCCAUGGAUCCCUUACUCAGGUCACUGCUACCUUCUCACUCGUACAAAGAAAACAUGGCAGGAGGCAAAAGACGCCUGUCGACGUGAAGGUGGAGAUCUGUUGAGCGUUCUCAGUGUAGAAGAGCAAAGCUUCAUCAUCUCACAGCUUGGAUACUCAAAGACUGAUGAGCUGUGGAUUGGUUUUAAUGACCUUAAAACUGCAUUGCUGUUUGAGUGGAGCGACCACUCCAGUGUCCCAUUUGCCUUGUGGGAUGUGAACGAGCCAAGCCACAAUGCUGCCCUUGAGGAGGACUGUGUUUUAAUAAGAGGAGAGGAGGGAAAGUGGGCUGACCAAAUCUGUCAGAACAAGCAUGGAUACAUCUGUAAGAAGAAAAGCCAUUCAGAUCCAUCUACUAAUGACACUGUUGUUACAAGCCCAGGCUGCAAACCUGGCUGGUUCAGGUUUGGUUACUACUGUUAUCUAAUAGGAUCAGAGAUUAAAACUUUUGAAGAGGCCAAGCAGAUAUGUGAGAAAACUGGAUCUUAUUUGGCUGACAUUUCGAACAGAGUACAAAAUGCAUUCCUCGUCAGUCUAAUUGGGGCGCGGACAGGGAAGCACUUCUGGAUUGGACUGUCUAACCAAAAAAAUCAAUAUAUUUGGGAGUGGACAAACACCAAGAGGAUUUUGUUUACUCACUUCAAUAUUGGACUGCCAGGGAGGAAGCAAGGUUGUGUUGCUAUAACCACAGGAUUUCUCGCGGGAUUAUGGGAUGUGCUAAACUGUACUAAUGCAGAGAAAUACAUCUGCAAGCAGAAGGCUGAUGAUGUGACCACUACUUUGCCCCCACCAAUCACUCCUGCUCCUCACUGCAGUGCAGGCUGGAAUCAAAUACCAAACAGAAAUCUCUGUUUUAAGUUUUUUAACCCGGAAUACAGAAGAAAGAAGACGUGGUCUGAGGCUCUGGACUUCUGCCGAGAACUUGGGGGUGAUCUGCUUAGCAUCCACAGCGCUACUGAUAUUGAGGACUUUCAACCAAGCGAACAUGGGUGGAUUGGCUACAGCAUCCAGGAUCCCUCUGCUGGUUACACAUGGAGUGAUGGCUCCUCUUCAUCCUAUCAGGACUGGGCAGAAGGGGAACCAAGCAAUUCACACAAUAUGGAAAAAUGUGCUAUACUUCAGCAUAAACGGUGGUUUUGGGGUGAAGGAAAAUGGGAUGACCAGCAGUGUGAAGACAGGCACUCAUGGCUUUGUGAGAUUCGAAAAGGUGUGACUCCAAAAGAAGUAAGCAUAACAAGUAAAACAUAUAAUAAAACAGAUGAUGGCUGGAUUAUAUUCAAGGGCAACCAGUAUUACAUCUAUUAUGGUUUUCCUGUCUCUAUGGAACAAGGACAGAGGUUCUGUAAGCACAGACAUGCUGAUCUCGUGGUCAUCAAUGAUGACGAAGAGAGACUGUUUCUGUGGCAUCAGGUUAAAGAAGAGCGCAGGAAUAUUUAUAUUGGUAUGAAUGUUGAUAUGGACAAGUCAUUUUCGUGGAUGGAUGGAUCGCCAAUUGUAUUCCAGGCAUGGGCACAAAACCAGCCGGCCUUUUUGAACAACGAGGAGCACUGUGUAAAGAUGAAUUGGUACAAUGGACUUUGGGAAAGUGUAAACUGUGGUGAAGCGAUGCAUUUUGUCUGUAAGAAAAGUGACUCUGUCCUGGUGAAUACCACUGUUGCCCCCACUGAGCCCCCCCAAGGAGGCUGUGCUUCUGACUGGGUGAAAUUUCAGGAAAAGUGUUUCCAGAUAGGACUGGACAUGAAAACAUGGGCAGAAGCCAGAUCAUACUGUAAACGUCUUGGAGGAAAUUUAGUUUCCAUUACCAAUAUACAUCAGCAAGCCUUUUUAAUCCUAAUGAUGGAUGAAGACACUCCAGAUUUAUGGACUGGACUCAGUAAUAUGGUGGGCAAGGGAUUUAGAUGGACAGAUGGAAGUCCUGUCCAUUACACAGGCUGGGCCAAAGGAGACAACAAUAUGAAGGAUAAUGCUUGUGUUGCAAUGGGAAGCAUGCAGAACCCUGAGCUGGGAACAUGGGUGAAAAGAAACUGCACUGAAACCAGUGGUUAUAUUUGCAGUCGUGCUCUGGAUCGUUCAAUCAUCCCAAGACCCACAGAGAUACCCAAAACUUUCAAGCUUGGAAAUGCUUUCAUGCUCAUCCAAACCAACCUGACCUGGAAGGAAGCACAGCGUCUCUGUGAGGCUGAGGGAACAAACCUGGCCAGCAUUCGGGAUACCUCCACCCAGUCCUACAUUGCUAUGCAGGUGCAUAGACUCGGACAACCCUUGUGGAUUGGACUUAAUAGUAUGGAGACACAGGGAUAUUUCCUGUGGAUCGAUAACUGGCUGUUAAAUAUGGAAAGAUGGGCCUCUAAUGAACCGAAGAAGGACCAUCCUUGUGUUUAUGUGGAUGUAGAUGGAAUGUGGAAAACUGCUCGCUGUAACGAAACCUACUAUAGCGUGUGUAAGAAAACAACAGACGUUGCUCCAACUCCACCAGCUCAGUACCCAGGUGUGUGUCCUGAGCAAACCAAUGAUCAUCCAAAGAUGAUAUGGGUACCUUAUAGAGGGCACUGCUAUGCUUUUGCAUAUGGUUCAGAAUCAUGGUACACAGCUAAUCGAAUGUGCAUGAUGAGAGGAGCUAAUCUUGUCAGCAUUGAAGAUACAAUGGAGGCCAAGUUUAUACAGAGCUACAUCAAGAUCUUAGGUAGUGAUUAUUCUUAUUUCUGGAUAGGCCUUUUCCAGAAUGAUGCAGGAAACUUGCUGUGGAUAGACGACAGUGUGGUGGAUUACACUAACUGGGACGAAACUGCAGAGCCUGAAGACACAGGCAAUGAAUAUGAACACUAUAAUUAUCAAGAUGACAAAUACGACUGUGCAGUUAUUUCAACCACUACUACACUGUGGCAGAUGCAACACUGUACAUCUGCUCACUUACCAUUCAUCUGCAAAAAAGCCAAAGAGAUAAAGCCAACCACGGAAAUGACACCUACAGGUAAAGCUAAAACAGGCAGGCCUUUUAGUGGAGUGGCAGUGGCGGUGGUGAUUGCAGUGCUGUGUUUGCUGGCUGGAUUGGUGUACGUCUAUCAUAAAAGUGCCACAAAACAGGCGACCACAUCUGAGCACCCAAUGCAGGACACUGGAGAAGCUCUGCUUCCAGAGGACAAUGAUACUAAAGUGUUGGUUAAUCAAAUAGAGGUUAAUGAAGAAGCCCCUGCUUUGUAAUCAGUGAAUACAUGUAUAUGUAUUGUGAUAUCUGAUCUGCCAGUAAAAUAAAAGACGUUUAUUAUAAAAGAAAUAUAUUUUGCACUGUUAAUUGUACUACUUCCAAUCAUUUU